GGGAGGGGCCAGUCCGGGGCGGGGCUGACGGCCGCUCUGGGGCCGGAAGUGGCCUGCUGGCGGAUAAGACGUGGGCGGGGAGUCCUGACACUGUGUCCUGGGCCCUAAGGGCAGCGGCCUGUCUUUAGACUGCGGAAUUCCCUGCUUGCCGUGUUCUCGCCGCCGCAGGCUCCCGUGACGAUGGUACCCCGCCUACUGCUGCGCGCCUGGCCCCGGUGCCCCGCGGUUGGCCCGGGAGCCCCCAGUCGGCGCCUUAGCGCCGCCUCCGAGCCCGACCAGUACCUGCAGCGCAGCAUCGUGCCCACCAUGCACUACCAGGACAGCCUGCCCAGGCUGCCUAUUCCCAAACUUGAAGACACCAUCAGGAGAUACCUCAAUGCACUGAAGCCUCUCUUGGAUGAUGGCCAGUUCAGGAAAACAGAACAAUUUUGCAAGAGUUUUGAAAAUGGGAUUGGAAAAGAACUGCACAAGCAGCUGGUUGCUCAGGACAAACAGAAUAAACAUACAAGCUACAUUUCAGGACCCUGGUUUGAUAUGUACCUAACUGCUCGAGACUCCGUUGUUCUGAACUUUAAUCCAUUUAUUGCUUUCAAUCCUGACCCAAAAUCUGAGUACAAUGACCAGCUCACCCGGGCAACCAACAUGACUGUUUCUGCCAUCCGGUUUCUGAAGACACUGCGGGCUGGCCUUCUGGAGCCAGAAGUGUUCCACUUGAAUCCUGCAAAAAGUGACACUGACACCUUUAAGAGACUCAUAAGCUUUGUGCCUUCCUCUCUGUCCUGGUACGGGGCCUACCUGGUCAAUGCAUAUCCCCUGGAUAUGUCCCAGUAUUUUCGGCUUUUCAAUUCAACUCGUUUACCCAAGCCCAGUCGGGAUGAACUCUUCACUGAUGACAAGGCCAGACACCUCCUGGUCCUAAGAAAAGGAAAUUUUUAUAUCUUUGAUGUCCUGGAUCAAGAUGGGAACAUUGUGAGCCCCUCGGAAAUCCAGGCACAUCUGAAGUACAUUCUCUCAGACGGCAGCCCCGCCCCCGAGUUUCCUUUGGCAUACCUGACCAGUGAGAACCGAGACAUCUGGGCAGAGCUCAGGCAGAAGCUGCUGAGUAGUGGCAAUGAGGAGGGCCUGAGGAAAGUGGACUCUGCUGUGUUCUGCCUCUGCCUAGAUGACUUCCCCAUUAAGGACCUUAUCCACUUGUCCCACAACAUGCUGCAUGGGGAUGGCACUAACCGCUGGUUUGAUAAAUCCUUUAACCUCAUUAUCGCCAAGGAUGGCUCUGCUGCUGUCCACUUUGAGCACUCUUGGGGUGAUGGUGUGGCAGUGCUCAGAUUUUUUAAUGAAGUGUUUAAAGACAGCACUCAGACCCCUGCCAUCACUCCACAGAGCCAGCCAGCCACCACUGACUCUACUGAUGCCGUGCGGAAACUCAACUUCAAGCUGAGUGAUGCCUUAAAGACUGGCAUUACGACUGCUAAGGAAAAGUUUGACGCAACCAUGAAAACGCUCACUAUCGACGGCGUCCAGUUUCAGAGAGGAGGCAAAAAAUUCUUGAAGAAGCAGAAGCUGAGUCCUGACGCGGUGGCCCAGCUGGCCUUCCAGAUGGCCUUCCUGCGGCAGUACGGGAAGACAGUGGCCACUUACGAGUCCUGCAGCACUGCCGCAUUCAAGCACGGCCGCACUGAGACCAUCCGCCCAGCCUCCAUCUAUACGAAGAGGUGCUCUGAGGCCUUUGUCAGGGAGCCCUCCAAGCACAGUGCUGGCGAGCUUCAGCAGAUGAUGGCUGACUGCUCCAAGUACCAUGGACAGCUGACCAAAGAAGCGGCAAUGGGCCAAGGUUUUGACCGACACUUGUUUGUUCUGCGGUACUUGGCAGCAGCCAAAGGUAUCAUCUUGCCCGAGUUCUACCUGGACCCUGCAUACGAGCAGAUAAAUCACAAUGUCCUGUCUACAAGCACUCUAAGCAGCCCAGCGGUGAACCUUGGGGGCUUUGCCCCGGUGGUCUCUGAUGGCUUUGGCAUUGGGUAUGCUGUUCAUGACAACUGGAUAGGCUGCAAUGUGUCUUCCUACCCAGGCCGCAAUGCCCGGGAGUUUCUCCAAUGUGUGGAGAAGGCCUUAGAAGACAUUUUUGAUGCCUUAGAAGGCAAAUCCAUCAAAAGUUAACUUCUGGGCAGAUGAAAAGCUACCGUCACUUCCUCAUCAUGAAAAUUGGGAAGCCAGACAUGGUGGCUCAUGUCUAUAAUUCCAGCACUUUGGGAGGCCAAGGCGGGUGGAUCACUUGAGGUCAGGAAUUUGAGACCAACCUAGCCAACAUGGUGAAACCUCGUCUCUACUAAAAAUACAAAAAU